CGUUUUUAUUUCCUGUGUUAGAUUUGAUAAUCAAAGAUAAAUGAGUUUACAGCGCUUAUUCAAGAAAAUUGAUGAAGAAAAGCAAAAACAUGCUUUAAAAAUGGCUAAUUCCGAGAAGAAAAAUAAGGUGGAAGAAGAGGAUUUUGAAGAUGAACCGCCAAUUCCAGUAGCAAAAGACACUGACGAGAUUUUGGAGUGUACAAAACCAGUUCCUCAGCCUGUGGAAAUUCCGACUCCCUCGGGAAACGUCUGGAAUAAAGCUCCUGUGAAAUUUGCUCCAAAACAAGAAGACAAAGAAAAGAAAUUCGUUCCCUUUUUUCAAUAUGGACCCGAUGGAAAACUCAUCAAUAAUCGAGUCGAGAAAAAUACAGGAAGUAUCAACCUAUCCAGCUUAGAAGAGUUUCCUCGGUUAUCCUAAUUUAUUUUUUUAAUAUCACGAUUAUUCUUAUUUGAA